AUGCUUUAUGACAAGCUCAUUAUAAAAAUUUCAGUUGAUAUGAAGUCUGGCCGUCUCGCCGCCGCGGAGGGCGCCCCCGGAUCCCCGCAGGGAGGCGCCGGCGCUCGGGGAAGCCGCCGGAAAGCGCGAGCGGCGGGGCCAGGCCGGGCCGGCUAUGCCUCCCGUGGCCGCGGUUCCCGCCGGCGACCGCGCGCCCGCGGCCUCGGGGGUGCAGCCGGGCCCCGCGGAGGCCGCGCUGUGAGGCGCCAGGGCCUAGUGGCCGCCGCGGCCGCGCCGGAGGGGCCCGGGGCCGGCGCCCGCCCGCCCGCCCGCCCCCCUCGCGCUCUGCGGCCCCGCCUAGGCUCGCCGCCUCAGCCGCCGGCCGCCAUGGUCUUCGCCACCCGGGAGGGCGCGGGCUCGGCGCGGCACCGGGCGCUGCGCGGGCUGCUGCUGCUCUGCCUGUGGCUGCCGAGCGGCCGCGCGGCCGCACCGCCCUCCGCGCCGCUGUCCGAGCUGCACGCGCAGCUCUCGGGGGUGGAGCAGCUGCUGGAGGAGUUCCGCCGGCAGCUGCAGCAGGAGCGGCCGCAGGAGGAGCUGGAGCUGGAGCUGCGCGCGGGCGGCGGCCCCCGGGAGGGCUGCCCGGGCCCGGGCGGCGGCGGCGGCGGCGGCGGCGGCGGCGGCGGCGGCGGCUACAGCGCCAUGCCGGACGCCAUCAUCCGCACCAAGGACUCGCUCGCGGCGGGCGCCAGCUUCCUGACGGCGCCGGCGGCCGUGCGGGACUGGCGGCAGUGCCUGGCGGCCUGCUGCUCCGAGCCGCGCUGCUCCGUGGCGGUGGUGGAGCUGCCCCGGCGGCCCGCGCCCCCCGCCGCCGCGCUCGGCUGCUACCUCUUCAACUGCACCGCCCGCGGCCGCAGCGUCUGCAAGUUCGCUUUGCACCGCGGCUACAGCAGCUACAGCCUCAGCCGCGCCCCGGCGGGCGGGCCGCGAGACCUGGGAGCCUCGCCUCCAGAGGAAAAGGAUGAGCCCCCGCUUAGCAAGGCUGGGCAGGAUGUGGUCUUGCAUCUACCUACAGACGGAGUGGUUUUAGAUGGCCGUGAGAGUACAGAUGACCACGCCAUUGUCCAGUAUGAGUGGACACUGCUGCAGGGUGACCCAUCAGUGGACAUGAAGGUACCUCAGUCAGGAACCCUGAAGCUGUCCCACUUACAGGAAGGAACAUACACCUUUCAGCUCACUGUAAUGGACACUGCUGGGCAGAGAAGCUCCGACAACGUCUCAGUGACGGUGCUUCCCAUGGCGUUCUCCACGGGAGGAUGCUUGAGUGUUUGCUCCCGCUACCACUUCUUUUGUGACGAUGGCUGUUGCAUUGACAUUACACUGGCUUGCGAUGGAGUGCGGCAGUGUCCUGAUGGGUCUGAUGAAGCUUUCUGUCAAAACUUGAGCCUUGACCAGAAGACGGUGACCCACACAGCAACUGUCCAGCCUAGAACCACAGGACCAAGCAAAGAUGCAGCAGGAGGUUUCUUCUUGGAAAAGUCUCAGAAAGUCACUGUUCAAAACCAGCCACCAGCUGGUUUAUCAAACGCAGAGAAGAGGAAUCAUUCCACGUUUUGGGGACCAGAGAGUCAAACUGAUCCUAUGAUGCCAGAUCGUGGCUCCUCGAGGAAGAACAGAAAAGAGGAAAAUUAUAUUUUUGAGUCAAAGAGCGAUCGAGGAGGAGGGGAACACCCAGCCCCAGAAACAGGUGCAGUGCUACCCCUGGCCCUGGGUUUGGCCAUCACGGCUCUGCUGCUUCUCAUGGUUGCUUGCCGACUACGCCUGGUGAAACAGAAACUUAAAAAAGCUCGUCCCAUCACAUCUGAGGAAUCCGACUACCUCAUAAAUGGGAUGUAUCUGUAAUAAGUAUCAUUUAAAUAGCUGGGGGUGAGGAUGUUUUACUUAUAAUUUAUACAUAUACUGGUUUGGAUAUUUAUAACCUCUUUGAUUUGAACUGGGCUAAGAAAAAUCCUGAAACCCCAGAAAAUUCUGCAAGCCCUAAACCUUUGUUUUUAUUUAUUAUAGAAAGAUUUUCUUUGGGGAGUAUAUGAAAUGUUUUGAAAUUUAGAGAGGAAUCCAUGUGAGUAAAGACUCUAAUUCUGACUUAUGUGAACUGUCCCUGAAAAUAGCAAUUUGCAGUUAGCCAAGGCAGAAAAUUCAGAAUCUCAAGGGAAGGCCUUCGGAUGGCAAUGUUAACCCUUUACUUUUCAGAAGCCAGCCAUUGGCCUCUGGGAACCCUGGGCCACUUUACACACAGCUUUCUCUUAUUCUGAGGCCUUCUUAUUCCUCAUAUUAAGCUUCAAGUGCUUUUCUCUUCUCCCCUUCAAAGCCUGUUUCUGAGAAUGGAUCUCAGUGAAUUUAUACCUUCAGUGAAAUGCUCCCCAUGGCAGGAAUAUCUAAUUGUAACCCUUGUGAACACGUCAAGGAGGCAUCAGGGUGGGUGAGUGUGAGCUUAUCCCAGUGCCUCUGACAUCAUGUCGUUUGGGUGGCUGCCCCCUUAGACCUGACUUUGGGAGAAAACACUCAGACUUUGGAUUACAAAUAGCUGUAACGUCGUCCUGGAGGGAGAUAGGAAAUGAUGGUGGCAGCAGAGGUGGCAGGUCAAACAUUUUAACACAAACUUAGCUGAGGGCAAAGUACUUUCUUAAUCUACUCAACACUGCUUGAUGGUCCAGAACACAGCAGCUUUAUUUAUAUAGUCACUGGUCUUCAGCAUUAGUCUGUGUUGAUGGAAGAGAAAGAUGCAUUCAAAUUGAAAAGCAGAGCACUGAGUGGAUUUCUAGGUGCAGCGUUUGUAAAAAUGUCACGUUUAAGGAUCACCAGGUUCUUUCAUCCAAUGGAAUAGGCCAGUUUUCUCCAUUAUUUGUUUAAUGCUAUAAAAUGUUAUAAUGUACAAUCAGCUAAUGCCAGGCUUAUGUAUUCCCAGAGCAUAAAGCAGUCUUGCACAAAUUCACCCUUACAGAAAACUGGCAUCAAGCUUAGUAUCUUUCUCCUUUUAAUCAAUUUGUAGGAUUUUUUUUUCUUUUUUUCUUUUUUUUUUUUUUUUUAAUUUUUUCAUGAUAGGCACACAGUGAGAGAGAGAGAGAGGCAGAGACACAGGCAGAGGGAGAAGCAGGCUCCAUGCACCGGGAGCCCGACGUGGGACUCGAUCCCGGAUCUCCAGGAUUGCGCCCUGGGCCAAAGGCAGGCGCCAAACCGCUGUGCCACCCAGGGAUCCCAAUUUGUAGGAUUUUAAAGGCAGAUUAUUCCCAGCAUCACUUAAUGCCAGGAUUAAACACACCCUAGUAAUCAUUCUCCUGAGAGCAAUCUAGAGUGUGCCUGUCUACACUGACAUAUUACUAAGAUAGUAUGGCUUUUUAUCCAAAGUGGCAAAUCUUCUAAAAUACUUGAAAACACUGUAGAACACUUUAUAUUCAGACUGAAUGUGAGGUAAGUUGUUCCUUUUAGCAAAGGGCUUAAUUUGGGUCAGAAAUAUAACAGAAUACAUGAAUAAACAAAGUUAGUUCUAGAAAAAUAAAGAAAUUGGUUACUUUUAUUUCCUGAGGGGUCCAAGCAUUUUGUGGAAUGAUUAGAAUUGAGCAAAGACUUAAAGUUCUCCUCAAGAGCAAAUUAGAAAAAUGACUGUGUGAAUGAACUUAGGAUAUCUGUACUCUCUGUGUGACGCUGUGCAGUUUGCUUUUCUAGAGAAGGGUGUCACCUAUAGCCAUACCCAAUAAAAUAAAAACUGAUGAGGCAUGCAUCUUUCGGCACAUCUUUUUAUACAUGAAGAAAUUAAACGCGGUUUAGUAUUGCUAUGGUGUUGAGAUACUUGAGAAAAGAUGUCCAUAUCCAAGUGUACAAAAUCCCUUUAAUAAAUUGUAUUUUCUUCUUA